AAUAGCACACCCCUCUCCGUCUCUGUGGAAGCUCCUAACAACUACCCGUGGCCUGCACUGAACCAUGGCUUCUUCUGUUCUCUGGGCAAUCGACUAUGAGGUUUAUGGGGAAGUCCAGGGUGUCUUCUUUAGAAAGUACACAGAAGAGCAGGGGAGGAAAUUGGGAGUGGUUGGCUGGGUGAAGAACACUGCCCACGGGACAGUGACCGGACAAGUGCAAGGGCCCAAGGAGAAAGUGGAGAUCAUGAAGAACUGGCUGCGCAGCGUAGGAAGUCCCAUGUCUCGUAUUGACCAGGCUGUGUUCUCCAAUGAGAGGGAGAUCAGCACCCUCGAGUUCCAGUCCUUCACCACCAAAUACUAGAGCCUGUGGGCUAGUCAGGAUGGGAUGUCCACCUCCAAGAACAUGGAGGGAUCCUCCGCUCAGAAGGAAGCACCACUCUCCCUUUCUGGGACAGGUUGCGCUGCUGGUGACCAAAUUCAACUGUGUUCUAGGCUCAUGGCACUUCAAGUACCCUUUUGGAUCCUUCCAGCUGCUAGCUAUCUGGGAAACACCAGUUGCCCACUGGUGUCUAUAAAGAGAUUGUAAGCUCUUUUUGUUGCUUUCCAUCACUUGUGAGCAGGGCGGAGGCAGAAAAGAGAAAAUUCAAUGGAGGGGGCCUUGCCUACAUCCAUCUCUCCACAAUGCUACUUUCACAAUGUGUUCAUGAGCAGUAUUGGCCAGUCUUUGAACCCUCUUAUGGACAACCAUAGGGAUAAAAGGCUUUUGAAUAACAGGUAGCUCCUCAGUUACACACUUGCUCACUAGAGCCAGGCUGCCCUCCCCUUCACACCAGUGCCCCACUCAGAAGAAUAUUGGCUCAUUAAAUAUUAUCUUAAGAAAGAAAA